AAUAAAGGAAAUUUUAUGAAUAAUUUGUGGAAACAUUAUAAUGGAAAGUUAUAUGUGAGUGUGAUACGUGCGUGCUGUGUGUGAAUGUGAGUUGGCUACGUGAUAUAUUUAAUAGCUUGAUUAUACUCUCUGUUUCUUUUUUUUAUUUCUUUCUUUCUUUUACAUCUCGUCUAGACAGAUAUUAAGGUAUAAAAUUUCUUACCGGAAAAGCACGUAUACGCAUUUUGCCCUCCUUCUUUGGCAAAGCACUGCUCUUCAUCAUGUCGAAUGAAAUGUUCAAGAAGAAUUUUUGAAAAGUAUAUCCUCUUCUCUUCGCCUACGGUAAUGUCGUACUGUGUAUACACAUUGACAUACCACUCUUAAAUGAACCGAAUAUUCUUCAUUCGCGCAUUGAAAAACAGCCGAGGAUCGGCUUCACAAGGUUAAAUCGCGCUCGACACUACACGCGAUAUAUUCUAUGUAGUUAAGUUUCGUAAACCUUUAUCACUGGCGCGUACAUUUAUUAAGACGAAGGACUUGACAAGAAAUCGAGAUACUCUUCAUACUCGUACACACCGAAAUGGGGGAAGAUAGUUAAGGGUUGACGGGCAAGGGGGAGAAAAUGCAAGAAAGAAAUGAUAGAACAGAGUUGUGCGGCGGAUCAUAGGGAAAACGCGUACACAUAGAAAGCGUCUGUUGUUGUGUCCGGCUAUCGGUACUAUUGUUUUUAUCGACUACGAUAAUAUUUUCAAGAUUUUUAACAAUUUCCUAAUAAUUCAGUUAAUGUUCUAACAAAACUGUUCAAUGACUAUUCGAAUAUAAGGUUUAAUCUGAUUUUACGAGCCUGAUUACUUGUGCACUAUCUAUUCAUGUACCCAGACCACCAACCAAUACCCACGAUAAACGGUAUACGUGGAUACACGACUUCUCUCUUGACUGCAUCUUUCUUAAACAACAGAUGGCAUAACGGAACCGUAUAUUCCACCAAUAUGUAUGUAUGUAUGUACUACGUACUGAAUACUCCAGAUGUAACUUCAUCAAUUCUGUGAUUAUCGUAUUCAGAUGAUUCAAUUUUACUUAUUUUUAAUUCUUAUUUGAUUUUUUUAAAUAAUUAUUUUCAUUUUUGAUUCAUACAGAACAAUGAAGGAUAUAAUAAAAUUUUAUUAUAUGAAACAAAAUUUGUUUCCUUUUUUGUCAUUAUUUCAUAUAUACAAGUAACAUUCUCUUAUAAGGCAAAUAGACAUUUUGAAUAUAGAAAUGUCCCGAAUGGAUGAUAUUAAACAAUAUUUUGUCGUAUCAAACUAGUCAUCCAAUCAACGUUCUUUAUUUACAUUGGAUAUUUCAUGAAAAUGUAUAUAUAUAUAUAUGUAUAUAUAUAUAUAUAUACAUAUGUAUAUAUAUAUAUAUAUAUAUGUGGUAUUGGCUGAGUUCCUUCAAACGUUCAAAACUGCUUUCAAAUCAUAGAAACAGAAGAUAAAAUUCCAGAUAUAUGUUGGCCUUAUAAUAAAUCAUAUUAAUUAAUAUUAUUUUUAUUUAUAACCUAAUAAUUUUAUAUAAAGUUGCCGAAUAUAAGGUCAAUAUCUUACAAUUUUCAGUUCCAAUAUUCACUUGUUAUACAAGCAAAAAGAUAUGUUUCAAUUACAUUUAUAAUUACAUUGAUGGUUUACAAAUUAAUAUAUAUGAAAUGUAUACUAAUAUAAAAUGGAAGAAAAACCUUUAUGAAUUUACCGAUUUACCUGAUAAUUAUACAGACAGCACAUUUUUGACAGAAUUACGUAAGAAUGUAAAAUCGGAUUAUGUUUCUAGAUUAGAAGCUAUUAAUUUAGGUGCUAGUAUAUCGAUUCGAUUAAGUAUUCCAGUUCUCUUUGUUAUCAUAUUUAUUUGGUUAUAUAAUGAAUGGACGACUCCAAAUGUCAUUAUUAUAUCUGAAAUAGUUUUAACCAUUUUUGGAUAUUUAUUUUAUAAUAUAAAAAUAUUAAAUAUGUCAAAGCGACUGUCAGAAGAUCUUAGAACAACUUUAAUUUUUCUUAUUUUUGGAUAUAUUUUAUCACCGGUUUUGCGUACAUUAACUGAAACCAUUAGUACUGACACAAUAUAUGCUAUGACUAUAUUAAUGUUUCUCACUCAUUUAAUAUUUAACAAAUAUGGUUCUACGGAAAUCUUUUUUUCUGAUUCCUUGUCUAUCAAUUCAUCUAUUUUCGGUUCAUUGAUGUUAGCAUCCAGACUUGCUUCUCCUUUACAUGCAUUUUCACUUUUAACUGUUUCGGUACAAUUUUUUGUAUUAUUUCCUAUAUUAUUGUCUCACAUAAAUAACAAAGUAAUUAUAUCAAUCGUAAUAACUAUAGGAACAAUAUAUUUGUUAUUACCUAUGUCUAAUGUAUGCUCCUAUGUUUUUAUCAUAGUUAUAGUAUUCAUUCAUUUCAUUUGUCCACUUUGGUAUAUUAGAUGUAAACAAUUUAAAAAUAACAUCUAUGGUCCUUGGGAUGAAGCAAUCAUCAUUUCCUAAUUGUUCUAAUAAUAUUAAUUUUGUAAAAUAAUAAAUAUUACUAUUGUUAUUGUUAUUAACAAGUUAUCGAAAAAAAAAAACAUUUACCAAGUAAAACAAGUGUUUUUAUUCUUCUUUGUAUCACCUUUAUAUUGUAGUGUAAUAAAUAUUAAUGAAGCAUAGAUAUAUUAUAAAAUAAUUAUAAGUGAAAUUGAAAUUAUAUGAAGAUUAAAUAUUUUUAUACAUUAAAUGAAAGAAAUUUGUAUAAUUGUUUAAUAGAAUUUAGUUGGAUUCAACAGGUGACUAUUCAACAAUAUGAUCGCUAGUGGCGCAAUAAUCGCAGAAAAAAGAAUGAAGUAUAUGUGUACACACAUAUAUACGUCAGAAUUGAGUACUAACAAUCGUAAAAAUUUGGAUAUUUAUCCAAUAAAAUUACAUAUUUUAUAUUAAUUUUACUUUAUAUUACCAAAUAAUUUUGAUUACUAUUUCUGAUACCUAUUGAUGAUAUACCAAAAAAAUAUGUAAAAAUAUAUUUCAUAUACUUACCUGUA